AUGGCGGCCGUCCUCGGCCUGGCCACGCUCGUCUGCGCUGCCGACGACAAGACAACCAUCUACGCCGGCCCCAACGCGCAGGACAUCUCGAGCGAGACGUGGCAACAGGUGCUGGACUCGCCCACCAACAGCAGCACGGCCAACAUGACGGGCUUCGACGUGACCAAGGCGUACCCGGGCUCGGAGCAGGAGGGCUGGCGGCUCAAGAUCGGCGUCAGGGGCGGGCUCGACGGCGACGGCAAGACGGCCACCGUCAUGUCGCUGGCCCCGCCGGCCGGCGGCGAGCUCGCAAACGUCAGCGACACCUGGCACCUGUGCGUCUACGCCUUCGACGUCAAGGCCUCGAGCGCCACCCGCUGGGGCAGCGGCAAGACGCCCAGCUGCAGCGGCCUCGUCGCCGACGAGUGCGUCGACCAGCUGUCCAAGGAUGCCGUGGCCGGCUACGCCAAGGACUCGUGCCCCGAGUUUAGCACCAAGCCCGCGUGCCUGCGCGACCUGCCCGAGCAGACGGCCAUGGCUCUCUCGCUGUCCGCAAAAGACAUGUCGUCCGUCUUGCGCGGCAACGCGACCUUCUUCCGCCGCAACGACGGGACCGACAAGGCGGCGUUUGAGACGGCCGCAGGCCUGCCCAUGGCCGUCGUGACCUUGUGGGGGCCGUCAGGCGACUCGGACAAGACGCCCACAGCAGAGGCGGCGUGCGUCAUGCCCAACGCCAAGGACGCGGCCAGCGGCUCGACUCGUGCCGUUGCGUUCCUGGGCUGGUCGGUCGUCACCUUGGCCGUUGCCGCCACGCUUGUCCUGUGA